AUGCUCUCGACAUCGCCGAUGAGCGCCAAAUCCAUCGUCUUCCUGCUGGGCUUGCUCUACCUCCAAGCAGGUACCACCGAGGCGGCCAUCUCCACAUCUGCCGGCUUUCCUCAGGAUCUUUUCGCCAAGCCAGCUUUCCAGGUCAACUACGGCCUCCUCGGUGAGGAAGCCACUACUCUGCCGAUCAAAUACAGCGAUGCCAUCAAGAUCUUGGAACAGCAGGAGUCAUCUUCCUCCUCGUCAUCGGACUCGGCAGGGCCAAGAACACCGCAGACCAGCGACAUCUUGUCUCUCGCCAUUGCCGAUGAUAUCAGCAGCGGCUCGAGCGAAUUAGGAAGUGACAAUCAAAGACCACUUCUGUGGACGCUGCAAAGGUCCUCGCCGGAUGACUUUCAACUUUGCUCGAUUCCAGACUUUACACAUACACCUCGUGAAGGGCAGUCAGCAAACCAUCACGCAUCCUCCUUCGGUAGCUCCUCGCGAUCACGACAGGAGCUGAUUCGGCAUGCACAAGGUCUGCUGGAUCCACUGAAAAAGACCUGUCUCUACCACACCACCGAUUGGUUCACCUACAGCUUCUGCCAUGGUCGAGAGAUUCGUCAGUUCCGACGCCUUGGGCCUCAGACUGCCGCGCACAAGGCGUUCAAAGCUGCUGGCGGAGGCGAAGCUGGCAAGAAAGCAGCCAUCGAGGCAGCAGACAAAGUCAACAGGCUCCAUCACCCCAUCGCCGACCCCGAAUACCCGGCCUUCAUCUUGGGUCGAUGGACGCACCAGAGCGAAGAAAUCGUAGGCGACGACCGGAGUCACCAGCGACGGCAGCAGCAGCCUCUCACUACGGACGCCACGAAAGAGUCGACCGACGUCGCUACAGCCGCCGAUCGUGGUCCACCCUCGUCCAUCAACUCUGCGGGCCUCGACCUGGUCGAAGAAGUGCAGUUCGGCGAUUGGGACGAAGACGAAUUGUUCGCCGCCGAGACUCGCGCCCUCUCCUCCUUCCGUGACUCCAACACCGCCGUCGAGACCCCUCGCGAUGGUCAAGAAUCGCAUCGGCACCGCUACCUCACGCAACGAUGGACCAACGGCACCAUGUGCGACAUGAACCACCAGCCACGCACCGUCGAGGUGCAGUACCACUGCUCCAACCGCCAACCGCUCGAGGACCGCAUCGUCAUGUUCAAGGAGACGACGAUCUGCAACUACGUGUUGGUGAUCGAGACGCCGAGGUUGUGUGCGGACUCGGCGUUUGGGAGUGAGAAGGAGGAGACGCCGUUCCAGGUGCAGUGUCACAAGGUGGUGCGGGACGAUUGGGCGGGGCCGACGGUGGGCGAUCCGGAUCGGGUGCAGACGCCGUUGGAGGGGAUCGAUGGGCCGCGUCAGUCGGUCAAGUCGGGAAAUGGUGUUUCCAAAGAUCAGACUGGAGCGACGACCAGUGAUCCGCAGAGCGCAGAAGAGCCGACUGCUACAUCGCACACAUAUGGAGACCCAUCGCGCUUCGGCUCCGUGCACGACGACUACUACGACGAAGCGCUGGGCGGUCACGGGGCCCUCUACCAGCAAUUCCAUGAUCACGACCACGACCACGAUCACGACCAUCAUGGUCACGAACCCGACUUGGACGAUACCGAAAUCGUAGUCGAGAUCGGGCUGGACGACGACGGCAAGCUUUUGGUCAACAAGCUCUCCGACUCGGCCCCCGACGCCAAAGAACCUCGUCGACGGGAAAGCGGCAAGAAGCGCAACGACGACUCUGAAGAGCCGCCGAUGGAGAUCCACCUGGACAUGGACGACUUCAUGUCGGUCCUUCGCGGCGAGGAUGGUGGCACACUCGAAAGGAAGUUGGCGGAAAAAAUCUCGGAUGUGCUCAACAAGCAGAUGGAGCAGCAAUACGGUUCUUCCACCAACAACGACGACGACGGGAAGAAGAAGGUUCAGACGCCAGAAGACGUGGCGAAGCUGUAUCAGCGCUUGAUGUCGGCUGUGACAGGCACGGAUGGUGAGGAGGCAAAGAAGCAAGGACGCAAGGGGAGCAAACAAGCAAGUCCUCCAGCGUUGAGGAUGGAAAAGGUGGGAGACAGUCUGUCAGAGCGCGUGAAGCGGUUUUAUGACGCGAAGAAGCGCGAGGAGGAAGGUGAGAAGACGGAGGCACCACCGAUUGCUGCGCAUCUCGAACUGUGA